AAGCGACAGGCUGGCGCGUAGUUAAGUUUCUUGUCAUCCCCCAAAAGUAUCAUAUAAAUUGAUGGCUCGUAUUAAUUGAAUGAUAAUCAUUGGUGUUCUGGUUUGAACUUUGAGGAGAACCACCGUAUUAAACCAACACCGCACUUCCCAAGAGAAGAAGAAAGACACAGAUGGAAGGCAUAGUGCACAGAAGAGUGCAAGUGAAUGGCAUCAAAAUGCACGUAGCAGAGAAAGGAGAAGGCCCUGUGGUGUUGUUCUUGCAUGGCUUCCCUGAGCUCUGGUACUCAUGGCGCCACCAGAUCCUCGCUCUCAGUUCCCUAGGAUACCGUGCCGUGGCUCCAGAUCUGCGUGGCUACGGUGACACGGAGGCACCACCUUCGAUCAGUAGCUACACCUGCUUUCACAUAGUGGGUGACUUGGUUGCGCUUAUUGACUCUUUGGGUGUGGAGCAAGUGUUCCUUGUGGCUCAUGACUGGGGUGCCGUCAUUGGCUGGUAUCUCUGCAUGUUUCGUCCUGAGAAAGUGAAGGCCUUGAAAUCUGUGCACAUUCUCCAUUUUCCGCUGCUUUUUCGUACCAUCACAACAUUUGCAAGCCAAGUCGGGUAUUGUAUUUCUCGGACGAAGGAACCAGGAGAAAUAGAGGCUCAGAUGGCUCAAGUUGGCACUGAGUAUGUCAUCAAGAACAUCAUUACAACUCGCAAGCCUGGUCCUCCAAUCCUUCCCAAGGGAAGGUUUGAGUUCAAUCCCGAAAUGCCUCAAACCUUGCCUCCUUGGCUCACGGAAGAUGAUCUUGCUUAUUUUGUCUCCAAAUUCGACAAAACCGGCUUCACUGGAGCCAUGAACUACUACAGAAAUUUCAACUCAAAUUGGGAGUUGACGGCGCCAUGGAGUGGAGUGCAAAUCAAAGUGCCAGUAAAAUAUAUAACAGGUGAGUUGGACACCGUAUACACCUCGCUAGGCCUGAAGGAGUAUAUCCAUGGUGGAGGUUUCAAGCAAGAUGUGCCCAAUUUGGAAGAAGUGAUUGUGCAGAAAGGUGUGGCUCAUUUCAACAAUCAAGAAGCCGCCGAGGAAAUCAAUGCUCACAUAUACGAUUUUAUAAAGAAGUUACGGACGCACCUUUGGCACUUCGACGAACCAUAUGAAAUGGCAAAGCAAGGUGUGAAGAAGGUGUGGUUGGUUUUGUUAGUAGCGUGUUUGAAUAUGAACCAAGACACGGUGGCGGUGGAUUUGGCGGGAAUCAAACACAGAAGAGUGGAAGUGAAUGGCAUAAAAAUGCACGUAGCAGAGAAAGGAGAGGGCCCUGUGGUGUUGCUCCUCCACGGCUUCCCCGAGCUUUGGUACUCUUGGCGCUACCAGAUAGAGGCUCUGAGCUCCCUCGGGUACCGUGCGGUGGCUCCUGAUCUCCGUGGCUACGGUGACACUGAGGCACCAACUUCAAUAAGCAACUACACUGUCUUUCAUAUAGUGGGUGACAUCGUUGCGCUCAUUGACUCACUCGGUGUGGACCAAGUCUACCUCGUGGCUCAUGACUGGGGUGCCAUCAUAGCUUGGUACCUCUCCUUGUUCCGCCCCGAAAGAGUGAAGGCCUAUGUCUGCCUCAGUGUUCCUUUCCUCCGCAGAGACCCCAACAUUAGAACAGUUGACGGAUUGCGUGCUUCCUAUGGAGAUGACUACUAUAUCUGUAGAUUUCAGAAACCUGGCCAAAUGGAGGCUCAGAUGGCUCAAGUUGGCACCGAGUAUGUCAUCAACAACAUGCUUACCUCUCGCCAAACUGGUCCUCCAAUCCUUCCCAAGGGAGAGUUCGGAACAGGGUUCAAUCCGAAUAUGACUGAUACCUUGCCUUCUUGGCUCACACAAGAUGAUCUUCAUUAUUAUGUCUCCAAAUUUCAGAAGACCGGCUUCACUCCAGCCUUGAACUACUAUAGAAAUAUGAACUUAAAUUGGGAGCUGUUGCCACCAUGGAGUGGAGUGAAAAUCCAGACGCAUGUAAAAUUCAUUACGGGGGAGUUGGACUCGGUGUACACCACGUCAUACUUUAGGAACUAUAUUGACAGUGGAGAUUUCAAGGAAGAUGUGCCAAAUUUAGAACAAGUGAUUGUGCUGAAAGACGUAGCUCAUUUCAAUAAUCAAGAAGCAGCAGACCAAGUCAAUGAUCACAUAUACAAUUUUAUUAAAAAGUUCUGAUCUGAUCAACACAACCAAAUCAACCAGGAGAGCAGAAAGGGUUUUAAAUUAUUGAAUUUAUGCUUUAUUUUGUUAUUACUUAUUUUUGAUGGGGAGGAUUCUCUGCUACUUGAUUUCCAAGUACACAGAACCUGAUCCAAUCAACCUAGAUACCGUGCCAAUCUCCCAUGUUUAAGUUAUGUUGUGUAAUAAUAUACUGUACCCUGGUGACUUCUCGUUUUAGUUGUGUAAUAAUAAUAUA